CGGCACCCCGCCCGUCCUGUCUCAUUUGGACUGCAGGGAUAACGACCUAAACCGUGAUAUCCCCGCGCAGGAACCACUGAGCAGGUGUUGGUGGCGGCGCGGACAUCCUCCGCACUCCGCUGUCUUCUACCCGCAUCUCUGCGCCAAAGGCUCCCAUUGCCAGUGGAUAACACGACAUAAGAGUGGCAAAGGUUUGUGACUGUUGCUGGAUAUCUUCUGAUUCAACAGUUGUGUUAUGAUGCAAGGACCAGAAGGAGGAGCUUCUGUGGAGAAGCAAUCAAGACAGUUCCUCUAAAGCCCCCCCACAUGUUUCCAGCCAAGACCACCUCUUCAGACCAGCUCUCACUGAGCCAACAGGGAUAAAUCAGUAGACCACAAUGUGUCUUCACUUUGAGGACCAACGCAAUCGAUAAGAAGUUCCUAACCCAUCUCUGCCUCUUCUCAGAAGUUUUUUAAAAUUCCUUGUAGUUGUCUCUUCACUAAUCGGACAACAUGCGUCCUUCCCUCGCCACGGCCGUCCUACCGCCCAGGACCCGUUCCCACAACCCCCCCACCCUCGCCGUCGGGGGCCGUGAACACGUUGCGGCUCCCCGAAGACGCAGCCCCCACCUCCGCCACACGCUCAGCCCGGAGAACCUGCGGACCCUGGCGGAGAGGGGCGGGGCCAACGUAGACAACGUCUCCGUUAUCAGCAGUCCAAUUGGGCUUCCGCGGGCCAACAGUGACACGGACCUGGUGACGUCCCACAGCCGGUCCUCGCUAACAGCGUCCACUCUGGAGUACACGCUGAACCGAGGCCAGAACCUGGUCAUAUCCUGGGACAUCAAGGAGGAAGUGGAUGCUACCGACUGGAUCGGGCUGUACCACAUCGAUGAAACCAGCCCCUCCAACGUAUGGGACUGCAAGAACAGAGGGGUGAACGGCACCCAGAAGGGCCAGAUCGUUUGGAGGCUGGAGCCCGGGGCCUACUUUAUGGAGCUGAAGCAGCUGCUGGGCCUUUCCUGCUGUCUCACGGAUGCAGCAGAGCAUCUGUUCCACACCCGCCGGUCCGUUAAAACCCUUCAGUCCUCCGCAGCCGGGUCGUGGUUUAACGAUAAAAGGCCUACGGUGAUUGGAGGUGGACUUCACUGGUUCUGA